CGAAAAAAGCAUUUUUAAUUUUUUACUCUUCUACUCCGGCCUCCGUACUCCGUGGCAACUAAAAAGGGCGCCAAAUCGUGAGGCUGAGACGACGGCAUACGGCAGCUCCACCAGCAUGCCAUCCUCAAUCUCUCUCUCGUCCUUUCCCCUCCACCGCACCGGUCCACCCUAUCACCGCCGUUCCAUCCCCCUCCGCCCCAACUUCCCGCGCACUGCCCACUAUCCAAUCGUAAAAAAUUCAUUGGAAAAACCACCGCACGGCUCAUGGGUGAGUCCGGACUGGCUAACGAAUCUGACCAGAUCCCUAGCGGCAGGACGGACCGACGAUUCGAAUAUUCCGGUCGCGAAGGCGAAGCUGGAGGACGUCUCCGACCUACUGGGCGGGGCUCUCUUCCUCCCACUGUUGAAAUGGAUGAAUGAGUACGGACACAUCUACCGCCUUGCGGGUGGGCCUAAAAACUUUGUGGUGGUCAGUGAUCCAUCUAUCGCUAAGCACGUACUGAGAAAUUACGGGAAGUAUGCAAAGGGGCUUGUUUCCGAGGUGUCUGAGUUCUUGUUCGGGUCCGGCUUUGCCAUUGCUCAAGGCCCCCUUUGGACGGUAAGACGAAGGGCUGUGGUUCCCUCUCUCCAUAAGAAGUACUUGUCAGUAAUUGUUGAGAGGGUCUUUUGCAGAUGUGCUGAGAGAUUGGUGGAGAAACUUAUGCCUUAUGCUCUCAGUGGUUCUGCUGUAAACAUGGAGGAGAAAUUUUCUCAAUUAACACUUGAUGUAAUCGGGCUAUCUAUUUUCAAUUACAGCUUUGAUUCUCUUGACACCAAUAGUCCAGUGAUUGGUGCGGUUUACACUGCUUUGAAAGAAGCAGAAAUGCGGUCAACCGAUCUCUUGCCCUAUUGGAAGGAAAGUUAUUUUAGUGGCUAUUUAUUUUUUUAUUGAUGAUUUGAUGAUAAUUUAUCUAAGUGCCAGUUUGGAUGGAGGAUUUGGGAGCGUUUUGGAGGGGUAGGUCUUUGAAGGUUAAAUCAACGUAUAAGAAACUGAAAGAAUUACAUAUAGGGAUUCAUAUAACAUUUUAAUCAUCAUUUGUUCGUUUUUAGAAACACUCUAUUUAUCAAAAUUUGGACUAAUCCUUUCAAAGAAUUUCCUGUAAAAAACCUCCAAAACCCACCAUCCAAAUGGACCCUUAUGGUUAGUUUCAAUGGAAGAUUAUGAUUUUGAAGGAUUUCGGAGGGAAGAGUUUUUGAAGGCUUAAUGUAUAUCUUGUUGUAUAUUUGAGGUUUUAUAAAAUUGAAAGAAUAAUAUAAUAAUAUAAUAGGCGAUCAUAUAACAUUUUUAUUGCCAUUUAUCCGUACCCAGUAACACUAUAUAUUUUGAUAUAGACUCGCUUUCCUCACUAAAACCUGCCAUCCAAACUGACCAUUAUUGAUUAUGAUUUAUAAUCACCUGAUCAAUUGCAGAUUAAAGCUUUGUGUAAAGUAGUUCCACGACAAGUGAAGGCUGAGAAAGCAGUUAUGUUAAUUAGACAAACAGUUGAAGAACUCAUUGCAAAGUGCAAAGAGAUGGUGGAAACCGAGGGCGAGAAUAUAACUGAAGAUGAGUAUGUGAAUACUACUGAUCCAAGCAUCCUUAGAUUUUUACUUGCAAGCAGGGAAGAGGUUUCAAGCGUACAGCUUCGUGAUGACCUCUUAUCUAUGCUUGUUGCUGGACAUGAAACCACUGGUUCUGUAUUGACUUGGACAUUAUAUCUUCUGAGUAAGGAUCCUUCCUCUUUGAGAAAAGCACGAGAAGAAGUGGACCAAGUUUUAGGGGGAAUAAACCCAACAUAUGAAGACAUAAAGAAUCUCAAGUUCUUGACACGGUGCAUAAUGGAGUCUCUUCGGCUAUAUCCACAUCCUCCUGUACUUCUACGAAGAGCUCAAGUAGCUGAUAUUUUGCCUGGGAAUUAUAAAAUAGAUGCGGGUCAAGAUAUAAUGAUCUCGGUGUAUAAUAUUCACCAUUCUACAAAGGUAUGGGAAAGAGCAGAAGAUUUUCUGCCAGAAAGGUUUGGCUUGGAAGAUCCAAUUCCUAAUGAGACAAAUACUGACUUUAGAUUCAUCCCUUUCAGCGGAGGGCCACGUAAAUGUGUUGGUGAUCAAUUUGCAUUACUAGAGGCCACUGUUUCUCUGGCAAUAUUUUUGCAGAACAUGAACUUCGAGUUGAUUCCAAAUCAAAAUAUUAACAUGACUACAGGAGCAACCAUUCAUACCACAAAUGGUUUAUUCAUGAAAGUAAGUCAAAGACAGAAACAAGCGGCAUUAGCGUGAGACUCCCUCAGAAUCAACAAUACUGCGUAUAUAGAGAUGCAUCUACUUUUGAGCUGAAGCACUUAUAAUGGGAGGAAAAUAUUCUUCAUUGUGAAAUGUUGUGCAAUCCAUGGAGUCAAAAUAUUGUUGCAAAAGUACUGAACAACUGAGUAGGUUUGCUGACGUGGCGGUGGAGAGCUUAUGUGGCCGUCGGGAAGACGACUACCAUACGCCGAGACCUAAGUAUGAAGUAUGAACAACUGAGCAAAAAUGCCAAGACCUACUCACUUCGUCUCGGAAUAUUUGUUUUACUUCGAAUAACGUGUAUCUUUUAACAUUUAUAUCACACUUGUAUAAUCUGUGCUAAUCAUUUUAAAAAUGUAGAUGUCGUGGUAUGGUGUUAGAAAUUAUGCUAACAUGAUUUUCUAUUUCUAGAUAUCAUAAACAUUUCAUUCUUUCCCUUUUUACAAAUGUGUAUGUAGUCCAAAAACUUUGGUCCUUACUAAAAGAAUUAAUGUAGA